CUGAAAAUUGGGAUUUUAGUACAAGGGGGCGUUGCUUGGCGCGCACACGAAGACCGAGUCAAAGCUGCCAUCGCCAAGCUACCCAAUUUCGCCACUUUCAAUGGCAGACCCACGAGCAUCACUGUCAUCUCUAUCUUCACCGCCGUCUUUGCCUCCCAAUGAUCAGCUACCCAGACGCUUCAAGGUCGUCUGGCGCGUUCUACUGAUCUCCAAUUUCGCCCUUUCAGGGAUUUCUUCUAAGAUAUGGGGUCAUUCGCUGUUUAUGAGGGAGGGACAUGCAUUAGGAUUUUCGAGUAUGCCUACAUGUUUGCAAGUGCAAGGAAGAAAGAUUUGGGGCAAAUGGAGAGUGAUGAAGCAGAAAAAGAUUUGGGUCAACUGGAAAAUGAUGGAAUAGAAAAAUGCAGUGAUAGUGAAAUAAUGGAAAUACCCUCAACGUUUAUGGUGGAUACCACUGGCAUAGUUACAGAGAACAUCCCGGAAGAUCAGCACCAAAAACCAUUCCAUUGGAUUGUUGAUGGUUGGAGAGAAAAAACAGGUUCGAGUAAAAAAUGAAUUGGUAGGUUAGAAGCUGAUUCUUGAACGGCUCAAUGUUCAUCCUCUCAAAACUGAUUUGAUUAGAGCUCAUCCAGGUAAAUAUGUUAUUUCAGGAGACUGAUUCUUGUAGUGAAACCUUCAUUAACCCGGAUAUCUUCUUGUAGAACUUUUACAGAUUUGAUUAACUGUUUAAUGACGAUUCAAGAGAUAAUCUCUGCUCUCUAAAGUUUGAUUCAAUGUUUGUAUUUCAUAUUUUGAUUAAUUGGGCUGUUGUUGAUAAACUAGUUGUAUCUUGUGUUUUGGUUAUAUGUGUUGUAUUUGAU